AAUACGUACUACCCUGUAGUUUGAUCAUUCCAGACCAUGAUCUAUCCUUUCUGAUUGAGUAGGCCCUCACCCACCCUUUCUAUUUUAAUUUGACUCGUACCAUUAAAUUGCGCAUAGGAGGGGAUGGUGGGAGGAAAAGGUAUUAAGAGAGACAGAGAGAACGCAGGUGAGAAAGAAAACCUCCGAUGCUGCCUGCAUCUGAUCAGCCGGGAAUAAUGAAAACGACCGUUGGAGCGAGGUACGUAGGGCGGAUAUUCCUUCUGUUCUUCUUUGCUUUCUUUCCCUCGUUGUUCUGCUGUUGUUUUGCCUUUCUUUUUUUUGGUUUUUUUCUUCUUCUUUUUUCCUUUUCGAAUUUUCUAUUUUUCGCUCCAAGGAAACAUAAUCACAAUAAUAAUAAUGCUGGAUAUUAUUAUCAUUUUCCUUCCCCUCGCCUUCCGGAUCCAACCAAGCUUAAUACGGAACUAGCUUUAGAAACCCAAGCUAGUGCAGUUCUGGUUCUCGACUUCUUCCGCAUCCACACCGUCAUUCCAUCUUCCUCUCGUCAAGCUGCUAUUUGUAUCCAACGAUCCUUUCCUCUCGUGUGCCUCUGGUCUAUCCUGUCCUUUUUUCCCUCCUCCCCUUCCCUUCCCUCCCUCCCCUCCUCUUCUUCUAAUUUGUUUCUUGCAUGAUCAGAGCUAUUGGUGCAACAUACACCUCACGUUGCCAACCUUUACUCUUCUUUAUAGUCUUUGCUUAAUCAACCUGUAUUCUUCUUCUCCUGUAUCUAUUACAGUCCCUUUUUUUUCCUCAUUUUAAGUUUCUAAACCUUUCACGCCUUUUUUCCUUCUAAAAAAUUCUUCCCUUUCAAUUCUCAUAUCUGCGCUUCUUCCUGUCUUUUUGCGUCAAGAAUUCCUUUGCUUUUAAAAUUUAAUAGAACAUUA